AUGGUAUAUACAGCAGAAGAAACAAAACGUUCUCGUUCUACAAUUUCCUAUAUACCGAGGCCAUUGGAUUUACCAACUUUGACUGUCAAGCAAUCAACACCAUCGCCAAAAUCAAAAAUGACUUCUAGAGAGGAAGAAGAAUAUUUUAUAAAGAACAAUUAUGUCGCUCGAACGUUAUUGAAUGAACCAGGACUGCCACCUCUAACUUGGUCGAACUGGUACAAACAAGUCGAUUGGCCAAAGACAAUAGUAAUCGGUACUGAACCUUUCAUCGCUCUUUAUGGCAUUUGUACUACGUCCUUCGUUUGGCAGACGCUUGGAUUUGCCUUCAUAUGGGGCUGGCUCACAGGAUUUGGCGUCACUGCCGGUUAUCAUCGUCUCUUCGCUCAUCGAUCUUACGAGGCAGUUCUGCCACUGCGCUACAUAUUACUCAUGUUGGCUGCUGGUUCUGUUCAAGGAUCUGCACUAUGGUGGACACGUGAUCAUAGAGCACAUCAUCGAUAUACGGAUACCGAUCUCGAUCCAUACGGCGCUCACAAAGGUCUUUUUCAUUCCCAUAUCGGAUGGUUAUUGAUGAAACCACGUCGAAAACCUGGUUUCGUGGACAUGUCUGAUCUGAAUCAUGACACUAGUGUUCAAUGGCAGUAUAGAAACCUUCUCAUUUUGAAUGUGAUCAUGGGUUUCGUGUUGCCAUGUCUUGUGUGUGGACUUGGAUGGGGUGACUAUCGUGGUGGGUACUUUUAUGCUGCUGUACUUCGUCUAGUGAUUCUUCAUCAUGCAACAUUCUGUGUCAAUUCACUAGCACACUAUUUAGGUGAUACACCUUACGACGACAAGCACACUCCUCGAGAUCAUUUUAUUACGGCUUUUGUUACGCUCGGCGAAGGUUAUCAUAAUUUUCAUCAUGAGUUUCCAUGCGACUAUCGUAAUGGACGUGAAUGGUUCCACUUACAAUCUGAAGAAGUUUUCCGAGAAUGA